CCAGAUCUUCCAUCUCAUCACAUUUCGCCGUUGCAUUCGUGCUAGAUUUGUUCAAUCGGUCAAUCGACUCCAAAAAUGCUCGAUCAGGAAGAUCCUCUCGACUCGCUUGCGAGGAUACUCUGCUCUAAUUUUCGAUCGGGCGGUACGGAUGGGAACACGCAAGAAGACGACUCGUUUGCGAGGAUGCUCAGCUCUUUCCGAUCGAGCAAUCCGGAUCGGAAGACUGAAGAAGACUACCUGGAAAUUAUCAGGGAUGUAAUCGGUCAUCUCCACAAACGAGUGGGCAUCACCAGAGUUAUGAAGAUGUUUGAGAUACUACAGUCUGAAAGUGAGACUCUAUGUCAAAUGGAACAGAUAAUCUUGCCGGGCUUGAAAGAAAAGCUACGGUCAUUAUCACUCGCUUAUAACUCACCCAACUCGCACAAUGAUGCAAAGUGCUGGUACGAGGCGAUUUUGAACGACUUGAUCAAAAUCAACAACUAUCUGGAGCAGCUUGAGAAGUCGAUGGGCUCGCCUCGGCGCCAAGACAUGCCCCAAAAACGAAUCUUUCCAUUCAGAGUCCGUGUUGUUUCACGUCAGAUUGCCCACUUGUUUGCCGGGGGACUUCGACCAUUAUUUGCGGCCUGUCACACGUUUUUCGACCAGUUCACUUUUUCCAACCCGUCCACUUCAAGGGCCGAUCAAGCAGAUGAAAUCGGUAGACUGACAACUUUAUCCGUUGAGCAAAUUGACGCUGUAUUUCUAACAAUCCAAAAACCUUUGUUGCGAGUGGCAAAAGAGGAAUGGAAAGCGUCCAAAAAUCUUGAGGAACUGGAUCCCGACGCGCCUGACAGGGAUGAGUUGCUUACGGAAGCCGAGAAAGCAAAACGAGACCAGUUAUCCAAAGUCGCGACUCCCAUCAGCAAAUUAUUUCGGAUUUAUUUCAAUCAACUUUCCCGAUCUAGGCCCACUCAGCCAUUAAUCUUUGGAUCUCCAUCGAUGGAGAUGAAAGAGGAUCAAUUGAAUCUAUAUUUCCAAGUCGCCCAGGAUACUGAUGAUGCCUUGCAUGAAUUUUUGGACACGAGCAUCUUAGAACCAACGGAUCGUUAUGCUCUUCGGGAAGUCACCCAUGAUCUCAAAGAUAAGCGUGCUAGAUUGUCGCGAAUCCUAGAAACAUAUUGGGACUCCUUAUUGCUCAAGGAGGAUCCACGGGUCAAUCGAGAGGCGAUUGCCGAAGCUCGUCAAUGGCUCGAAUCUUGGAGCUCUCUGUUCUUCGUUGCGACUGACAAGUUCAUGCAAGUUGCUGGUUGUAGAGGCCUCCGUCGAUGAUCACCUAAUCGCAAUACCGCUGACGAGGACCAGCCUAGAGUAGGACGCGAUGCGGCACUGAGAAUCAAUUCAAUUCCGGGUUGAGGGAAACUCGUCGGUCUCAACCCUUCCGAACUGUUUCCUGGAUCUAUAUCGUCGAUCUUGCGCAGGAGAAAUGACUUCGGAAGGGUACUAUUUGGGGAAGAACUGCAUUUUUUUUUUAUCUCAAUAUUUCAUUCAGGUGACUUAAUUGCGACCAAUGGUUUCGUUUCUACUAUCGCCACAACAAAAAAAAGUCUCUCACAAAACUUAAUCAAGUGUAACCCCAGUAUUCAAAUAUAUAAACAUUUCUUUUCCUCCAGAUCUACAUAAAAGUAUAAAGAAAGUUUACAAUUCUGAUAUCACCCAAAAAUGUUUGUAACUCCAGUAUUUGAAUGUAUUAACAUGUCUUUCCUCCAGAUGUAGUGGUAAAAGAAGAAGAAAAAUAGUUGUAACUCCAGUAUUCAAAUGUAUAAACAUGUCUUUCCUCCAGAUCUUGUGGUAUGAAGAAGAAGAAAAAAAUAGUUUAGUUGAG